UCUCAGUCCCACUAAGGUGAGGUUGUGAUCCAGACAUAAAAGCAGCACUCCAGGUUAUGAAGACCAUUCAGUGCUGGAAUGGCUUCUGAUGGGGGUAUAGGUGUCACAGCAAUCACAAUAGUACCUACUGCUUUCAGUGACAGAUAGAUUUAGGGUGCUCCUCAGCACCUCUCUUCAGCCCACAUGGAUUGUGUUCUCAAGUCUUCUCUACAGAAACCUCUCUCACAUUUCUGAAACAGAGUGAUAAAUGCCUUCAAAUGCUUUUGGAAACCUCCAUGGGGAUGCUGGGAACUAAAACUCUUCUCCCACACUCUCUGUGAAACUUCUGAAGGUCUUUGAAAUCUUCCAUAAGUUACUGCUUUUUAAAGCACUGCCAGAAAUUGAGAGGUAAGCACCAGAAAGGCAGUGUGAGUAUGAAUAUGGGGCAAAGCUGGCUGAAACGGGUUAGCAUGUGGGAAUGUACCUGACCUUGUAACAGGACUGGUGCUCUAUCAAUGGGUCAAGAAUUCCCUGAUUAUACUGAUGCCAGUUGUGUACAAUUUUGUUGUGAAGGUUACGUUUUGACUUUCAUGUGAAAAAUGCACUGCGUCUUCCUUAGCAUUUUUGCAUUUAUGCUUUGAGUGGUUCUUAAGAACUUGCAAAUCAGUUGAGAAAUUUAACCCAAAAGCUAGUCUGCUGGGAACUUCAGCACCUUGUGCCAAGCACUCCCAGCUCAUCCACUGAGAGGCAAAUCACAACUACACCUGGAACAAAGUAAUUUGUUUGAUUUAAUAUGAAAAUUAAUGGUUGCCUUGUAUUGUUGUUCUUUGGAACCAAAACAUCUCCUUAGUAGGGCUUGCUAUAAGAAGUUUUCUAUCAGAGAAGCACAAAUAAUUGCCUUCUUUCAAUGUGUUUGCCAUCUCCUAUUGAGUUGAGCUACUAGUGAUCAGUAUCUUUCAACAAAACAGACUGUAAGCUAUCCUAAACAAGCAUCUCAGCUUUCUGGGUUCAUUCCCUUAGUUUUCUGGUUUGAGCAUAUGAAGUGUCACUGAGAUUUUUUUAGCCAGAGCCACUCCUGGGCAAGGCAAAGUAGUGAAGCAAGUUACCCAUCAUGUAAGCAGGAGAACACCAGCUCCGAGCACGAACACCUUCUUGAAGGGCAGCUAGUCCUCAGUCCUCCUGGGACAGAAGGUGGUGACAGAGCAUGCAAAGGACAGCCCCUGGUUUUAUUGUCACUGUGGAGAGCAGAUGAUGCACCAGGCACUCGGGGAGAUACUAUUUUUAUGCAAGUUUCCUGUUAUAGCAGGCAAUAGGACUUAAUGAUUUAGAAGAGCCAUGUACCACUAUGUCCGAUUUGUGACACUGUCAUAAUCCCUAAGUGGCUUCCCCCACCACCACCUAGAGCUGUGCUAUAGCUCUAUUGGCAGAUAGCUUGGUAGCAGAGAAAGCCACCUGGCUACGUGCCAGGAUUUCACAGGGGUUUGGGUUUUUUUUUUUGGCUGGAGUGGCAUAUAAAGAAUAUGCAGCGAGCAGCCUGAUGCUGAACAUUUCCACUAGUGAGACUGUUCUAGACACAGGGACUGGACUCACAUCAACAGGUACAAGAGGGUAGUGUUGAAAGGAAGGCAAGCAGAGAGGUUACUUAGAUGCUUUCUGAGAGGUGACUUCAGAGGUUCUGCACAGUGCAGGUGAGCAGCCCCACGCCUGUUGUGUUUUUGGCAAGCCUCGGUGGUGAAAGCAAUGGAACGGCACCAGUCUGACUCUUUGUCCUUGUGGCUGCCAGGGGAGCAAGUCUUUGCAGGGCUGGAGGAACAAGCCCGCCAAGCCAUGAUGAAAAACAACUUUCCUGGAGCUCUUGAGGACCAAAGGCCAGCCAUUCAUCCACUGCAAGACCCUGACUCCAGCAGCAGUGGCAGCGAUGAUGAGGAAACCACCCAGGAUGAAGUUUCUUCCCAUACAUCGGAGGAGGAUGGCUCAAUGGUGAAAGUGAAGAAAGAAUUACAGAAUGCAGAACAACCUGUGGCUGGAACCCCACUGACAAGAGAAAAUGAGGUGUCUGAGAGUUUGAAUGCUGACCCUAUGCUGGGACUGUCGCAGUGCCCCCUCUGCCAGCUGGAGUGUGGAAGCAGAGAGCAGCUCAUUGCUCAUGUAUACCAGCACACUGCAGCUGUGGUGAGCGCCAAGAGCUACAUGUGUCCUGUAUGCGGCAGAGCCCUCAGCUCACCAGGAUCCCUUGGGCGACAUCUCCUGAUCCACUCAGAGGACCAGCUGUCAAAUUGUGCAGUGUGUGGAGCACGCUUCACCAGCCAUGCCACAUUCAACAGUGAGAAGCUGCCAGAGGUGCUCAGUGCAGAUCGCCUGCCGGCACCACAGAGCGAGGGCCCCUCCAGUGUUGAGGGGAAGGACGUUGCCUUUCACACCCCUGUGUAUCCUGCAGGCAUCCUCCUAGUGUGCAAUAACUGUGCUGCUUAUCGUAAGCUGCUGGAGGCACAGACGCCUGGCAUGCGAAAGUGGGCACUUCGUCGGCAGAAUGAGCCCUUGGAAGUGCGGCUGCAGCGUCUGGAGCGGGAGCGCACGGCCAAGAAGAGCCGGCGGGACAAUGAGACACCUGAAGAACGGGAAGUGAGGCGUAUGCGGGAUCGAGAAGCUAAGCGCCUGCAGCGCAUGCAAGAGACAGAUGAACAGCGGGCGCGGCGGCUGCAGAGAGACCGGGAAGCCAUGCGACUGAAACGCGCAAAUGAGACCCCAGAGAAACGACAGGCUCGGCUCAUCCGGGAGCGCGAGGCCAAGAGGCUCAAGCGGCGCCUGGAGAAAAUGGACAUGAUGCUCCGGGCACAGUUUGGCCAGGACCCCUCUGCCAUGGCCGCUUUGGCAGCUGAAAUGAACUUUUUCCAGCUGCCAGUGAGCAAUGUGGAGCUGGAGAGCCAGCUGCUGGGCAAAAUGACCUUUGAGGAGCAGAGCAACAGUGCACUGCAUUAAGCUACAGCCAAGGACAGUGCCACCUCCACUGCGCCUGCCACAGGUGCACUAGCAGGCUUCUACUCUCAGGAGGCUGCUGUAGGUCCCUGGCUGACUCUCCUUGUCAGAUGGUUCUGGUUUUCUCCUGAACAUAGGAGGAGAACAGAGCUGAGAGAUGUCUGCCAAAGUAGCCCUGGUGGGAGCAGAUUCUGAGGAUACAGUCUGCUCUGGGGGCCAAGUCACAGCCUGUGAACAGAGGGAAAAUAAAUUAAUGUUCACGUUUAUUUGGUCCCCUCCUUUACCUUUUGUGCUUUGUCCUGUUACUGGACCCUUGCCCCAUAGAUGGGUUUGGGCUGCUGCA